AUGGGCUUUGGAGAAUAUUAUGAUUCCUUAAAAAUCCCAAUAGAAGAGAUAGAAUUAGCCACCAACAACUUCGCUGAUGAAAAUCUCCUCACACGUGGUUCAUCUUUUGAGGUCUACAGAGGACAACUCUUGCAACAAGGGGACUCCAUCAAUAUUGUUGCACGGAAAUGUCGACAAAGGGUCAUUGUGGGUACCGAGUUUGUGGUUCUUAAAGAUCUCAAGCACAAAAAUAUCGUUUCUAUAUAUAAGUGGACUGAUAAGGAUGUAGAUAAGGAUGAUGAGGUAUUCAUCAUCAUCAACAAGUAUGAGACCAACGAAAGUCUUGACAAACAUCUUGGUAGCCCAACUCUCACUUGGAUGCAAAGAUUGCUUAUAUGUGUCGGGGUCGCACGUGCAUUGAAUUAUCUUCAUUAUGAUGCAUCAGAAAAUCAAUAUGUCAUACAUGGUAACGUCAAAAGCUCCAAAAUUUUACUAGAUCACAACUUGGAACCCAAGUUACAUGGUUUUAAAUUUGCGGUUAUAGCUAGAAAGCAUCAUCUUCACCUUACCGGUAAGUACAAUGGCUCAUUGCAUUAUAUGGACCCGGCAUAUGAAGACACAAGUGGUUUGAAUCAUAAGUCAGACAUUUUCUCCUUUGGUAUCGUGUUGUUUGAAGUCUUGUUUGGGAGAGAAGCAUCUAUUCCAAACGAUGAUAAUUGGUAUUUUGCUCGAAUGGCUAGAGCACAUUAUGAAAAGAGAAAACUUGAUAAUUUGAUAGAACCUGAUCUUCAAAAACAAAUGAAUGUGCAAUCAUUAGACCUUUUCGCUGAAAUAGCAUAUUGUUGCAUAAAGGAGCAGCGAUCACAACGUCCCGACAUGAAGAUGAUACGCACAAGACUUGAGAGAGCACUAGAACUUCAACGCAAACAUGAACAAUCAACGGUUGUAGCGGUUGAAGGUACAGCAUCCAACCACUUCAAGGGGAAAAGCUUGGAUCACUUGAGACUUCGGUUGAAUGAUAUAGAGUUGGCCACAGAUAAAUUUUCAGAAACGUGCUACAUUGGAUCGGGUGGAUAUGGUAUGGUGUACAAAGGAGAAUUGGACCAUUUUGAUGGCAUGGAUUCUCUGAAAAUUGAAGAGAAGAAUAAAGGUGAAUUUCGUAAGAAACAUAGUUGUGUAGCUAUUAAGCGCCUUCAUAAUAGAGUAGACACACAAGGAGAACAAGGGUUUGUUUCAGAAAUUGAAACGCUGAGUAAUUGUAAGCAUCCGAAUAUUGUCUCUCUUCUAGGAUUUUGUGACGAAGGACAUGAGCUGAUUCUCGUUUACGAAUAUGUUGCUAAGGGAAGUCUUGAUGAUUAUUUGGGAAACAUGGAUGGCAUGACUAAUCUUGUUUGGGCCCAGCGUUUACAAAUAUGCCUUGAUAUAGCACAUGGAUUAAACUAUCUUCACACCCACAUAGAGGGCAAACCAAUGAUAAUACAUCGAGAUAUUAAGAGUGCAAACAUCUUAUUGGAUGAUAAUUGGGUGGCAAAGAUUGCUGACUUUGGGCUCUCCAAAUUACAACGUGCAAAUCAACAAGGUACCACCCUUAUUACCAACAAUAUUGCUGGUACAGAAGUGUACCUAGAUCCAGAAUACAAGAAUACUGGUAAACUGAAAAAGGAAUCAGAUAUCUACUCUUUCGGAGUAGUUCUAUUUGAAGUGUUGUGUGGAAGGUUGGCAUAUGAUGAAAUAUAUAGUGGGGGAGGGCUUCCAUCAAUAGCUCGACAAUGCUUUAAUGAGGGAACGUUGAAGGGAAUGGUAGAUCCAAAAUUAAUGGAAGCUGAUGAAAUCAUUUCUUUGCUAAAAGGGGGUGUCAACCAAGAUUCUCUAGAAACAUUCUCUAAAAUUGCAGAUCAAUGUUUGGAAGAAACUCAAUCCAGGCGUCCAACUAUGGAAGUCAUCAUCAAAGAACUUGAAAAAGCAUUGAAUUUUCAAGUAAGUAAUCUAUUUCAAAAUGUAACUUCCUUAUUUGUUAAAUAGAUAAAGUAUGAUCUACCUUCACAUCAGUUUUUAAGGUAUAAAGCACAAACUCAA